AUGAAACAUAACAAAUCAACUAUGACGAAACAAUUUGAAGUACUUUAUACACGCCAAAAAACCCAGAAGACAAAAACAUGGCAUGACGGAUUAGUGGUAAUAGACAAUGUUAAAGGUAUUAACCGAAUUUCUUUGUAUAAAACUGAUGAAAAUGGGUGCAGGGGAGAUGUUGUGGAAUCUUUUUCUUCACAUAUUCAGGAAAUUAAUGUUUCAAAAAUUGGCUUUCCAAGCCAUCUAAUACAACUUGUAGAGAAAGAAGAAGCAAAAGUAAAGAUAGGGACAGAUGAGGCAGUUACAUCAUCAAUUACGAAUAAGACUCUUCAAAAAUCAUUGGAAGACCAUGAUGAUCACAUCAGAAGUUCAGUCAUUAAAAAAAACCUUGUAAGGCCCUUUAAGGCUCCUUUACUAAAGGUAAAUGUUGAUAUUCCCAAGCCGGUACAAGUUAAGGCUUCAAAGAAGAUCUCUAAGAUGAUUUCAUUGAACAAGAUUUCCAGUAAGCAAGGCAUUGUAAAAGCAAUAGAAAAAAUCUACACAUUGUGCAAUUAA